AUGGCUGAGCUGGAGUCGCUGCAUUUCUCCGUGGGCAUCCUCGGGAUCUCCGGCGGUUCUCUGCUGCUGUUGGUGAAUAACUAUGGCAGCUCUCCUGACAAAGACUUCAUCCCCCAUACUGCACUGGGGGUGCUGCUGCUGAUCAUCGCUGCCCUCUUGGCCUACUCUGGGGUGCGUCGCAGCCUGUCCCAGUCCCAGUUGUUCUCCAGUGUGUGUCUGACCGUGUCAGCCCUGUGGUGUGGGUCUGGACUGGUCUACCUGCUCGUUGGGGAGGGGUUGGUGGGGACUACAGAGCUGAGGUCCUCUUUGGUCCCUGGCCUAGCAGCCUUCACCCUGGCCUUCCUCAUACUGGCUACAGUAUCUGUCCUCCAGAGAGAGGUGGUCCUGUUAAUCAUCUCCCUGUCUAUCAGCCUGGCCUGUGGGCACCAGAUCGCCGGCCUCUCCUCCCCGGGGUUUGGCCAGUCUGCCACCGCCGCCUGCUACCUGCUGGUCACUCUGGUGGGGGCGUACUUCGGCUGUGGCCGCCUGCUCUCCUUUAUCACCCAGGGAAGGGUGGAGGCUCCUGGUACGGGGCUGAGAAGAAGGGCAGGGUGUCAGGGUUCAGGGGUCAGAGCUCCAGAGGACUGUAACGACGUGGUGCCUGUAGGCCUGGUGAUGAAUCUGCUGUCUGCUAGUGUAAUAGCCUGCCCCCUACUGGCUGUGGUUCCUCAGCUCACCCCUGGUCACGUCCCCUGGCUUUGGACGGCUGCUGUAUUCCAGCUAGUUGUGUGUGUCCUCUCCUACAGAUCCAUGGACUCCCUGACCGCCACCUUCUACGGCUUCACCUCCAUCCUGCGCUUUGCUGAGGGCUACAGUGCUCUCCUAACAGCCUACUCCAUCCACCCCUCCUCCCCCAUCCCCUUUCCCGUCGUCUUUGCUGUUCUAUUCUUCAUCCUGGCUCUGUUCAGCUGUCAGAAGAGUCUAGCUGAGGGUCUCUACCAGCUGUUCUACGUGGCGUAUACUAUCGCCCUCGCAGCCCAGCCCUCCCUCUCCUUCCAGUCUGGGGCGCAGGGCGUCCAGGCGGCCAUCUUUGUUGUGUCAGCCGUAAUGUUACUAGUUACCUCCUACAACAACGUCUCGGCCAAAAGGAUUCCUACGGGGGAGGGCGUGUUCAAGGCCCUGGUGACGCGUGUCAGCGGCCUGACUCUCCGCCCCCACGACAGACACAGUCAAGCUCCCUACCUGGGCUACUCCAGGUAUGCUGACGCAGAGGUGUUAGGUCACGCCUGCUCUGUCCUCGCUGUCUUCUCCAUCACGGCGUCCAUGGGGGACCGGGCCCCGCUGGGCGUGCUGGUCCUGCCCUGGGCUGUGGUGGCAGGCGGCGUCCUCCAGCUGCUGGUCGGCUCCGUGGCCUUCUCCCGUGGUAAGACCCUUGAGAGCAUGGCGUUUGUCCUGUACGGUGUCAUGUGGUCCAUCUGGGGGCUGACGCGGUACGGCGGUCUCUACGGUGACACCCGAGGCUUCAGCGUAGCGGUCGGCAUCAUCAGCUUCCUGUUGUUCAACAGUCUGGUGACGGUAGGAGCGCUGUUCCUGAGCGUAGCCUGGGUUGUCUAUGCCGCGACCUUUCACCUCAUUAUCAUCUCCUUCCUCCUGGACGCCAUGGGAGCACUGCCUUAUGGGUAUGACAUCGGGGUGUCGAUCGUGUUUGGCCUGAUGUCAUUCUACUGUUUCCUGUCUGGUCUGUUCAGCCUGACCUUCCUGACCCCCCAGUUGCCCCUGGGACGGGCGUUAGUCAGGCUGAGUGGGACGGGAGGAGGAGGGAAGGACAUCUGUCUUCAUGUCCCCGCACGCAAAGCCACGGCCGUCCACCAGAUAGCAGAGAUCAUGAAGAGUGGAGGUAUAUGUGGGAUGCCCACUGACACGGUCUAUGUGCUGGUGGCAGCUUGUAACAGACCGGACGCUGUGGAAAAGGCCUACAAGUGUAAGCAGCAGGCUCAGGACCGGCCCAUGUCUCUAUGGGUGUCCUCUAUAAACCAGUUAGAACCGGUCAGAUCCCUCCUGUCUGCCCUGCUCUGGGACUUCAUGAGCGCAGCAUGGCCCUCCUCUAUCAGCAUGGUCAUAGCCAGGGGUCCAUGGAUGGAGAUGUUUGGUCUGGGGGAAUCAGCUAAACACAUCGGAACCCCUCGGAGCAUCGCUAUCAGGAACCCAGACUGUGCAGUAGCUACUCAUCUUAUCAACCUGGUGGGUCCUAUUGCUGUGACAUCAGCCAACCCCACAGGAGAAGCAGACACCACACACCACAACCAGGUGUAUGCCAAGCUGGGAGACAAGGUGGAUGGUGUGUUGUGUGACGGCCCGUCCCCAGAGAACAUCGCCUCCACUGUAGUUGACUGCACCAAGAUAGACAGCGGCCAUAUUGGAUUCUUCCGAGUGGGCCUCAUUCCCAAGUCUCAGGUGCUCCAGAUCUUUGAGGAGGUCCAGAAGAGGCAUUCUCACGGUCAGAUUAACCCAGGGUUUGAAGCAGACCUCACAGAGCCUGACCCUAACCCUAACAUCACAGACCCUCAGAGGAACACAGAAGAAGACAACACAGAGUCUACAGAGUCCUCAACUGUUCCACCACCUACCCAGUCUCCUGCCAACAUAGACACCUCUACACUAGCAACACAACCAUGA